AUGCCAGGGACACUCUUGCCCCCGAGAUCACACCGGCAGCACGCAGAGAUGGAUCGAUCAUCUGCGUCCCGGCCGGACCUCUAUCUGAUUACCGACCAGGAUGUCGUUUACGAACAAGAUCUACUACGCGACGCUACUAGUGUCCGGCCAUGGCUUUCAUACAUUGAAUUCAAGCAGCAAAAUGGCACCCUCUAUGAGCAAGCAUUUGUCAUGGAGCGCGCCUGUAAGCAAUUGCCACGCUCGUACAAGCUUUGGAAGAUGUAUCUCGAGUUCCGUACGAAGCACCUCAAGGGUCGCAAUCCUACUGUCUACCGCGCCGAAUACCAGAAGGUCAAUGCCCUCUUCGAACGAGCUUUGAUUCUUCUCAACAAGAUGCCGCGCAUCUGGGAAAUGUACCUGUCUUUCCUCCUUCAGCAGCCCUCGGUGACGCACACCCGGCGAACGUUUGAUCGCUCUCUACGCGCUCUGCCGGUCACCCAGCACAACCGAAUUUGGAGGCUUUACAAGGGUUUCGCUCGAUCUGCCUCCGGACAAACCGCCGUCAAAAUCUUUGCGCGUUACAUGCAAAUUCAUCCAGAGAAUAUUGAGGAAUACAUCGAGCUCUUGGUUGAAAUGGGAGAAUACACAGAGGCCGUGAAGAAGUUCAUGGAUGUGCUCGACAAUCCUCGGUUCCAAUCCAAAAACGGCAAGAGUCCAUUCCAAUUGUGGACCGAAAUGGUUGAUCUGCUCGUUUCGAAGGCCAAGAAGAUCCAAACCGGUCCUCAAGUCGGAAUCGAUGUCGAUGCCAUUCUCCGCAGUGGCAUCCAGCGCUUUGCAGACCAACGAGGCAAGCUUUGGGCUGGUCUGGCGACAUACUGGAUCACCAAGGGCAACUUCGAGAAGGCGCGGGAUGUCUUUGAGGAGGGAAUUACUACUGUCAUGACUGUCCGUGAUUUCACUCUCAUCUUCGACUCCUAUGUCGAGUUCGAAGAGUCUAUCAUUGGCAAUCUGAUGGAAGGUGCAGCGACUCGUUCUGAGAAGGGCAAGGUUGAUGAAGAAGCCGACUUCGACCUUGAUCUUCGCAUGCUGCGUUUUGAGCAGUUGAUGGAUCGCAGACCCUUCCUCGUCAAUGAUGUGUUGUUGCGACAGAACCCUCACAAUGUCAUCGAAUGGGAGAAGAGGGUUGGACUUUGGGGAGACAACAAGCAGGAAGCCGUUCAAACAUAUACAGACGCCAUCGCCGCCAUCAGUCCCAAAAAGGCACAUGGAAAGUUCUCCGAGCUUUGGAUCAACUACGCCAAGCUCUAUGAGAACGGUGGUGAUCUGAACACAGCAAGAGUCAUUUUCGACAAGGCUGUCAAGGUUCCAUUCAAGUCCGUGGCCGAACUGGCAGAGACAUGGUGUGAAUGGGCGGAAAUGGAGCUCCGUGCCGAAAACUUUGAAAAGGCAGUCAGUGUCAUGGCUAAGGCGACACAGGCACCCAAGAAAUCAACCGUCGACUACUUUGAUGAGACUCUUUCGCCCCAGCAAAGAAUUCACAAGAGUUGGAAGCUGUGGAGUUUCUAUGUCGAUCUUGUUGAGAGUGUCUCGUCCUUGGAUGAGACUAAGAUGGUCUAUGAGCGGAUCUUCGAGCUUCGAAUCGCCACACCUCAGACCGUUGUCAACUACGCCAAUCUAUUGGAAGAGAACAAAUACUUCGAAGAAUCUUUCAAGGUAUACGAGCGGGGUCUCGAUCUCUUCACGUACCCCGUUGCCUUUGAGCUCUGGAAUCUGUACUUGACGAAGGCCGUGGAUCGGAUGAUUGGCAUUGAGCGCCUCCGAGACCUGUUCGAGCAAGCUUUGGAAGAAUGCCCUCCCAAGUUUGCCAAGUCUCUGUACUUGAUGUAUGGCAGUUUGGAGGAGGAGCGUGGUCUUUCAAGGCAUGCGAUGCGGAUCUAUGAGCGUGCCACCCGGGCGGUCGCCGAUGAGGACCGAUUUGAGAUGUUUGAAUUCUACAUCACCAAGUCUGCUUCCAACUUCGGUCUCACUUCAACAAGACCCAUUUAUGAGCGCGCAAUUGCCGCAUUGCCCGACACCGAGGCAAAGGAGAUGUGUCUCAAAUUUGCCGAGAUGGAAAGACGACUUGGUGAGGUCGAUCGUGCUCGUGCGAUCUACUCCCACGGUUCUCAAUUCUGCGACCCCCGAACAAAUGCUCCUUACUACAAGAAGUGGGAUGAGUUCGAAGUUCAGCAUGGAAACGAAGAUACCUUCGGAGACAUGAUUCAAGUUAAGAGAGCUGUUCAAGCUAAGUACAAGUACGUCUUUCCCCCCACCCUUACACUGGCAACCGUUUUGCUAACAAUGAAAAACAGCACCGAUGUCAGCUUCAUUGCCUCCCAGGCCGUUGCCAGGGGCCAGCAAGAGACCCAAGGGGGUGAAGGUGACGCCGACGACCAAGCCGACAUUGAUGCCAUGGCUGAGUUGGAGCGUCAAGCCCGUGCGCCUGUGGGCUUUGUCGCUGCUAGCGGCGGGCCGGAGGGGGGCAACCGUCCUCCCCCAGCGGGCCAAGCACCAGCUGCCGCGCCAGCCAACCCUGAUGCCAUCGAUCUUGAUAUGGACGAUGAUUAG